AUGAUAACAACAAAUUUACACUGUUGUAAAUUACAAUCUCAAGAAUUGGCAUUAACGAAUUAUGGUUUUAUAAAUAACGUUUUAUAUAAUAAUUUAAAAAAAAAUAUAAAAAGUAGUGAAGUAUAUGGAGAAUUUUCAAAUUUAGUUUUAAUAUUAAAAGGAGAUCCAAACAUAAGUAAAGAUGAAAUAGCUUUAAAUACUUGUCAAAGGGAAUUUUCAAGAAUUCAAUUAAAAGAAGAAGUACAAAUAAAUAUACUUGAUAAGGAAAAUAAAAGAGAUAUUAUUUAUUUUAUUCCAUUAGAUAGUGUUGAUUUAGAAGUGAGUUUAUUUAUUAAACCUGAUAGAUUGAUUGAAAUGCAAGAUGAAAAAUUAGAAGAAGUUUUUAAAAAGUAUUUUUUGAAUCAUAUAUUAACAAAAGGACAAAUAUUAGCAUUAAAGUAUAAUGACAUAUUAUUAAAAUGUGUUGUAAAAGAUUUAAAAAUAGCUGAGUUUGAUGAAGUCAAAAAAUUAAAAGGAAAUAUUCCUACAAUUAAUUCGUAUUCUAAAAUGAAUAAUGAAUAUAAUGUAAAAAAUAGAAAUUUACAAAAAGGAAUUUUGUUUGAAAACACAGAAUGUAUAUUUACAAGUAUGAAUGAUGGAAAACUCUUUAUAGAAUCAAAAAAAGUGUUAAAAAAAAAUAUUAUAAAAAAUAAUUUUAAUUUUGAAGAAUUAGGAAUAGGAGCAUUAGAUGAAGAAUUUAAAAUCAUUUUUAGAAGAACAUUUGCCAGUAGAAUUUACCCAAAUUAUAUAAUAAAACAACUUGGUAUAAAACACGUUAAAGGAAUAAUAUUAUAUGGACCACCUGGUACAGGUAAAACAUUAAUAGCUAGACAAAUAGGUAAAACAUUAAAUGCACGAGAACCAAAAAUUAUUAACGGUCCAGAAAUAUUAAAUAAAUAUGUAGGUCAAUCAGAAGAAAAUAUUCGAAAUUUAUUUAAAGAUGCAGAAUUAGAAUAUAAGCAAAGUGGAGAAAAUUCUUUAUUACAUAUAAUCAUAUUAGAUGAAAUAGAUGCAAUAUGCAGGCAAAGGGGAAAUGUAAGUUCUAGUAGUACAGGUGUAAAUGAUAGUGUAGUUAAUCAAUUGUUAUCUAAGAUUGAUGGAGUUAAUAGCUUAAAUAACAUAUUGCUAAUUGGAAUGACAAACAGAAUUGAUUUAAUCGAUGAAGCUUUAUUAAGGCCAGGCAGAUUUGAAUUACAUAUAGAAAUAUCAUUACCUGAUAAGGAAGGAAGAAUUCAAAUAUUAAAUAUACAUACAAAAAGUAUGAGGAAAAGUAAUAAAUUAAGUCCAGAUGUAAAUAUAAUAGAAUUAGCUGAAAAAACCCCUAAUUUUUCAGGAGCGGAAAUUGAAGGAUUAGUAAGAAAUACCGUUUCGUAUGCUUUUGAAAGACAUAUUAAUUUUAAUGAUUUAACAAAACCUAUAAAUGCUGAUGAUAUAAUGAUAACAAAAAAUGAUUUUUUAAAAGCAUUAAAAGAAACAAAACCAGCAUUUGGCGCACAGGAAGAUAUAAUUGAAAGUUUAUUAUCAAACGGUAUAAUCAGCUACGGAAAAGAAUAUGAAAAUAUUGAAAACACUUGUAAAUUAUUAAUUAAGCAGAUAGUAGAAAAUAUGAAUACAAAUUUAAUGAGUAUUUUAUUAUAUGGAGAGAACGGAACAGGGAAAACAACUAUUGCUGCUCAUUUAGCCAAGUGUGCUCAUUUUCAUUUCACUAAAUUUAUAACUCCCGAAAAUUUAAUUGGGUAUUCUGAAAUUGGUAAAAUAAAUUAUAUAAAUAAAAUUUUUGAAGAUGCUUAUAAGACUCCACUUUCUUUAGUUAUCCUAGAUAACAUUGAAAGAUUAAUGGAUUAUACUAGAAUUGGUCCACGAUUUAGUAAUACUAUUUUACAAGCUAUUAUGAUUUUAAUAAAAAAAAAACCUAAAAAAAAAAAUCAGAAAAUUUUAAUUAUUUGUACUACAUCGGAAUAUCAAUUUAUGAAGGAUGUUGGUUUAACUAAAAACUUUUUUGUAAACAUAGAAGUUCCUUUGUUAAAUUCUAAAAGCUCAAUUAAACAUGUUCUACAAAAUAGAAAUGUAAAUUAUCAUGAUUUUCCAUUAGAAGAAAUAGAAAAAGUUCUUACAUCUAAUGUAAUUAAAAAUAUAGCAAUAAAAAAUCUUCUCAUGAUUAUUGAUAUGGCAUCUGAAGCAUCUAAUGGUAAAAAUAUUACUUGUGACAUUUUUUUAAAAAGUUAUAAGGAUUGUGGUAUUUGUUUUGAUGAAGAAUCAUAUUAUUGA